AUGCGCCCCGGUCCCACAGCAGGCGGCCCCUGCUACGACCUGCACACCUUCAAUGCCUGGUACGGCAGCCUGUGCUUCAAGGGGCGGCACGGGCACUGGGACCCCCAGGUCUUGGGCUUCCCCCGCAGGUACCACCGCCCGCCCAACGACAUCAGCUCCGGCUUCUACCCUGUGUUCGGCCCCUACAGCUCCCGCGACCCCACGAUGCUAGACAAGCACAUGGGCCAGCUCCGCGCUGCCGCCAUAGGAGCGCUGGUCCUGUUCUGGUACCCACCCAGCCUAGCGGACGACAACAGGGAGCUGUCGGACGGCCUCGCGCACUCCAUACUGGAUGCUGCGCACAGAUACGCCAUAAAGGCUGCCUUCCAUAUCCAGCCAUACAAAGGGCGCGGUGACCACGCUGUGCAUCAGAAUAUCAAAUACAUCACGGACAAAUACAGAUCACAUGCAGCUUUUCAUAAGUACAAGACCAGCACCAGCAAGAGCGUCCCGCUGUUUUCUAUCUACCAUUCCUACUUGACGCUGGCUGAAUCCUGGGCCAACCUUCUCACGCCGUCAGGCUCCCCCUCUCGCUCUGUCCCCAACACCGCUUACAACGCUGUGUUGGUGGAGGAGGGACAGAAGCACGAUACCCUCUCCGCAGGGUACGAUGGCAUGUACACAUACUUUGCAUCCAACGGCUUCUCUUUUGGCUCAUCCCACCAGAACUGGAAAGCAAUCAAAGCCUUCUGCAACUCCAACAACCCGAUGUUCAUGCCCAGCGUUGGCCCAGGCUACAUCGACACCAGCGUUCGCCCCUGGAAGAACCGCAACACUCGGAACAGAGUCAACGGGAAGUACAAUGAAACAGCUCUGCAGGCUGCUCUCGUGGCCAGGCCAGAGAUCGUCUCCAUCACAUCCUUCAACGAAUGGCACAAAGGCACCCAGAUCGAGAAGGCCGUACCCAAGAAGACGCCGACACGCCUUUAUCUCAACUGCCUUCCUCAUCGGCCGAGCACGAACCUGGAGCCGACUCGCAGGUGGGCAGAGCAUUUCAGCAAAGAGAAAGAGCAGUGGUUGAUGUGA